UUAAAUGCAACUAAGACUGAAAGUGGGUAUCACAAGAGAAGAUGGGGAAACAGCUGUUUCUUAUUCUUAACUCUGCCCUCUUGUGGUGGUGGAGCUCAAUCCCAAUUUCCGGAGCAUACUCACAAAACCAAACGGAUUGGCUAGCAUUAGCCUCCUUCAAAAAUGCAAUACACAAAGACCCAUUUGGAGCCUUGAACUCUUGGAAUGAUUCUACUCAUCAUUGUGAGUGGCAAGGUGUUUUGUGCAGCAAAAGACAUUCUGGGCGGGUCACAUCUCUGGUCUUGAGAUCACAAGGCUUGGAAGGCUUCCUACCUCCUCAUGUAGGUAACCUCUCUUUUCUGAGGGUCAUAAUUCUGCAGAACAACAGCUUUCAUGGUGAAAUCCCACCACAGAUUGGCAACUUGUUUCGGCUACGUGUUCUUGUUCUUUGUAACAACUCAUUUGGUGGGCCGAUACCCUCCAAUCUUUCCCGCUGCUUGAACCUCGAGACCCUGAAUCUCAUAGACAACCAACUUGUGGGGGGAAUUCAUUCCGAUCUUGGUUCUUUAACAAGACUCAAAGGCUUGGGCUUGUAUCGGAACAAUCUUGUAGGUCCUAUUCCUCGUUCGAUUGGAAACCUCUCGCUGCUACAACAGCUCUCGCUGGGAGAAAACUCGUUAAGCGGAGAAAUACCUGAGGAAUUGUCCAGACUCAAGAGAUUGAUACUUUUCCAACUAUCUUCUAACAAACUAACCGGUGAGAUUCCAGCAGGGAUUUUAAACAUGUCUGACAUUAUUACAUUCAGUGUUGGUGAUAACCAGUUGUGGGGAAGCUUUCUCAAUGAUGUCGGCACCACUUCUCCUUCUCUCGAGUUCCUUGGCGCCAGCAAUAACUUGUUCACCGGGAUGAUUCCGUCAACGUUAACAAAUGCCACAGGUCUUGUGCAUCUUUUCCUUGGCAACAACAGUUUUCAUGGGCCAAUACCGAAAAAUCUGGGAAGGCUAAAGGGCCUUUACCUGAUUUCAUUGGCUAAUAACCACUUGCAGGAUGACUUGAGUUUUAUUUCUUCUUUAGUUAAUUGUUCCAACUUAAAAUUUCUCGACAUGCGGUGGAACUCGAUUUACGGAUCGUUGCCGAGAUCCUUCUCCAAUCUCUCCACCAGCGUUCAACGAAUUUCUAUGUCAAACAAUCGGAUCCAAGGAUCUAUUCCUUCAGCCCUUGGAAAUCUGUUCAACUUUUCUAUGUUGGAUUUAUCGAAUAAUUUUUUAAUCGAUCGCAUUCCUGAUUCCAUCGGAGCACUUUACAACUUGCAGUACCUUUCUUUGAGCGGGAACAUGUUUACUGGAGAGAUACCAUCUUCGAUUGGUAACAUUUCGUCGUUAGGUGUCCUUGAACUUUCCUCCAACAAUUUCCAAGGCUACAUACCACAAAGUCUCGGCGAUUGCAAGCAACUAGUUAUGCUUGAUCUUUCGAACAAUAACCUAAUUGGCUCAGUUCCUAUUGAAAUCGUGGGUCUUUAUUCCUUGUCGAUCGUCCUUAGUUUAGCAAAUAAUAAUUUAAGUGGAUCUCUUCCAUUGCAAGUCGGAUCUUUAAAGAAUCUUGGCAUAUUAGAUCUGUCUUACAAUAGAUUGACCGGCUUAAUUCCAACAUCCAUCAGCGAGUGCUUGGUAUUGGAACGACUUCACUUAGAAGCUAAUUCUUUUCAUGGUCAAAUUCCCGAGGCUUUACGUCCAUUACGGGGUCUACAAGAGCUGGACCUUUCCAAUAAUAAUUUUUCUGGUCCAAUCCCAAGCUUUCUCGCAGGGCUCUCACUGCUCAAGUACUUGAAUUUGUCCUUCAAUCAACUAGAAGGACAAGUUCCAGAGGGUGGAGUUUUUCUUAAUGCAAGUUCUAUAUCAAUUUAUGAAAAUACGGAACUCUGUGGAGGUGUUCCCAGUCUGAAGCUUCCUCUUUGCAAAUCAUCAAGCUCUAAGAAGUCUUCUUCAACCAAGGCCAAAGUAAUAUAUGUGGUAGUUGGCAGUUUGUUAUGUUUAGCUUUGUUGCUCCUAUGUCUAUCUAUCUUUUAUCACAAAAAGAAGCAGACGACAACCAAUGCCUCCAGUUCAUUAUCUUUCGAGAACCAAUUCUUGAGGAUUUCUUAUGAAGAACUCCUGAGGGCGACUAACAAAUUCUCUGAGACCAAUUUGAUUGGUAAAGGGAGAUAUGGCACGGUUUAUAAGGGGAUUCUUGAUGGAGGUGCCACGGUGGCAACAAAGGUGCUCAAUCUAAUGCAAAGAGGUGCUUCAAGGAGCUUUAUCUCUGAAUGUCGAACUCUAGGAACCAUUAGACACCGAAACCUCGUGAAGAUACUAAGUGUUUGUUCGAGCGUGGACUUUUGUGGCAAUGAUUUCAAAGCUUUAAGAUAUGAGUUCAUGGCUAAUGAGAGCUUGGAGGAGUGGCUACACCCUAGAACCAUAGGACGAGAUGAUGAGUGUAGCAAAUCGAGAAAUCUAAGACUAGUGCAAAGAUUAAACAUCGCCAUUGACAUAGCUACCGCGAUCAAAUAUCUCCAUGAGGGUUGCUAUCCAGCAAUCGUCCAUGGAGAUCUAAAGCCGAGUAAUGUGCUUCUAGACAACGACAUGAUGGCUCAAGUUGGAGAUUUCGGGCUUGCAAAGAUCAUUUCAACGGUGUCUACCGAAGCCAUAGGAGUUCAAGACCAAGGUAGUUCAACUUCAACCGCAGUCAGAGGAUCCAUUGGCUAUGUGCCUCCUGAGUAUGGCAUGGGACACAAGGUUUCCACACUUGGGGAUGCAUACAGUUACGGCAUUCUAUUAUUGGAGAUGUUCACAGGAAAGAGACCCACUGAAGAAGCCUUUGGGCACCAUCUUAACCUCCACAACUUUGUCCGAAUGGCUCUUCCGGAUCGAGCAAUGGACAUUAUAGACUUAAGGCUUUGGAGUGAAGCUGGUGAUCGACAACAAGAGAUGAAAAUCAGAGAUUGCGUUAUCUCUGUAUUCGAAGUUGGAGUCGCAUGCUCAAUGGAAUCACCGCUGGAACGGAUGGACAUGACCGAGGCAGUAAGGAAAUUACACUUGAUCAAGGUGAGUUAUGAAGCCAAAGUGAGGAUGAUAGGUAUGUAGCUAAAUCAAUUUUCGCAUUUCAUCUUGGAACUUUUUCACUAGUAGAGAAACUCAUCGUGCAAAGGUAGUGCUAGCAAAUUUACAUAAAUGUCUCGCUAACUAGUCUACCUACCAUGCCUAUUAUAUGUGUUUUUUAUAAUUGCAUUUUAUAAUCGUGGAAAGUGGAUGUAUGGAGUUAAGUCCACCUAUUUCCACCAAGUAAUCAUGUAAAAUUUGAUGAAUUUGCUUAUUUUCCCGGUUCUCUUCAUUUCCGAUGCCAAUGUGGAUCGAUGCAUUGCUUAA